AUGUUGAAUAAAAAAUGCACAAGAAAAUGCAAGCAAGUGGAGUUGGAGGAGAGAGGACACUGGGGAAGUAAGAUGGAGUUUCUCCUGGCCGUGGCGGGAAAUGUUAUCGGCCUGGGCAACGUGUGGAGGUUUCCUUACCUCUGCUACAAAAACGGAGGGGGUGCAUUCCUUGUGCCAUAUCUGGUAUUCGUGGUGACCUGUGGCGUACCCCUGUUCUUGCUGGAGACGGUCAUAGGCCAGUAUACUCAGGAGGGCGGCAUCACUUGCUGGAGGAAGCUAUGCCCACUGGCAGAAGGUAUCGGCUAUGGCGGGCAGUUGAUCCUCUUCUACAGCUGUAUGACCUACAUCAUUAUUCUGUCCUGGGCUUUGCUCUACCUGGUGUUCUCCUUCAGCUCCCAGCUCCCUUGGGCCAGCUGCAACAACUACUGGAACACAGAUGACUGUGUAGACCUUUCAACAGGAAAUAACACCUCUGCGUGGACCAACCAGACCGACACAGCCUCUGCUGCAACAGAAUUCUGGGAAAGACGAGUGCUGGCUAUCUCAGGUGGGAUUGAGGAGAUCGGCAGCAUCAGGUGGGAAAUUCUAGUCUGCCUUAUUGCUAUGUGGGUCACCUGCUACUUUUGUAUCUGGAAAGGGGUCAAGUCUACAGGAAAGGCGGUGUAUGUCACUGCUACCUUCCCCUAUGUGAUGCUGUUAAUCCUUUUGAUCCGUGGGCUCUCUCUUCCUGGGGCUCUACAGGGAGUGUUGUUUUAUCUUCUGCCCGAACCCUCACGACUCAUAGACCCUCAGGUUUGGAUGGAGGCUGCGGCUCAGAUCUUCUUCUCGUACAGUGUGGGUGUGGGCUCCUUAACUGUGAUGGCCAGCUACAACACGUACAACAACAACUGCUAUAAAGAUUCUCUGUGGCUGUGUUUACUGAACAUGUGCACCAGUAUUGUAGCUGGGUUUGCAGUCUUCUCUGUGCUGGGAUUCAUGGCUCAUGAGCAGGGUGUUCCCAUUGCAGAAGUGGCCGAGUCAGGUCCAGGAUUGGCGUUCAUUGCAUACCCUCAGGCUGUAGCCAUGAUGCCUGUGCCCCAGCUGUGGUCCAUCUGUUUCUUUGUCAUGCUCAUCCUCCUGGGUCUGGACACACAAUUUGUUUCCAUGGACGUGGUGAUAACGUCCAUCAUCGAUAUGUUUCCUACACAAAUGCGCAGGGCAGGCCGACGGGAAUGUUUCUUACUCCUCUUCUGCGUCACAUGCUUCUUCUCACAGCUUGUCAUGAUCACUGAGGGGGGAAUGUAUGUGUUCCAGUUGUUUGACUACUACGCUUGUAACGGAGCCUGCAUCCUCUUUCUCUGUGUAUUUGAAAGCCUGGCACUGGGAUGGAUGUUUGGGGCAGAACGGUUGUAUCGCAUUGUAAAGGACAUGACAGAUGUGCGCGCCAACCCGUUCUUUAAAAUCUGCUGGCGUUACCUCACACCACUGGUCUCACUGGGCUGUUUCAUAUGUUCUUUAGUUUGGUACCAGCCUAUGACCUUUAAUCGCUGGUACGUGUACCCAGCGUGGGCAUACAUGUUGGGCUGGGUACUGGCGCUCUCCUCCAUCCUGCUCGUCCCGGGAUGGGUGCUGUAUAAGCUGGGAACUGGGACUGGGACCAUCCAUCAGCGUUUCCAUCAUCUGUGCCAAGCUGACCCUCACUACUCACUGACCCAAACGAGAGAAACUCAGCUGCAACACAUCGGAGAGGAAACACCGGUUCAGUUGACAUGA